UUCUCAAUUUAACAUCCAGCAAUACUGUCUAAUUAUGUACAAGGGUUUCAAUAUUAUGAACUUUCGACAUGUUUAAAUACAGUCAACCCUCUCUAUAACAGUCUUGCGAAUUGUUGUUAUAGAGAACAUAUAUUAUAACAUAUCAUGAAAAUUGGUUCCGGAAAAGUUUUAACUUUUAUAGUGAAGUGUUUUCAACAGCUAUGUUGUUACAUAUAUCACAGGUCUGACUGCAAUGUGUUAUUGUUAAGAGUAGACUGAUUCUGCACUAAUUAUAGAAUUGUUUAAUUCUUGGCGCUAGAAUUUGCCGUUUGUCACUGUUUGACUUUCAAGUUUCAACCGUGGAAGCAAUGUCCACUUUCCUGUAAACUUCCUAUCGUUGGUCGUUCUUCCUCCUUUUAUUUAGCCUAAUAAUUAUGGACUGAUCGACUAGUGUUAUUUUCCAGGAAUGUAUCUUUUCCAAAGGAUAACGAUAAUCCUAUUUGUGAUUUACUACUUUUUUUCAGUUCAUUAUUAUUAUGCAGUAGUAGCUGAUUCCAGGUGCACAGAGGGCUGUGCCUUAGCUUUAGCUUCAUACUCUCUUCAUCGUGGUUAUUAUGACGAAUUUGUGUCCGACGUAUCCCGCCGGUUAUUCCCCAACGUAUCUGUCCCUGAAAUUCUUAGCUACAACCCUAGUUUCGUAAUUCCGCUUACUCAGGCUGAAGCCGAGAUCAUAAUUAAGAUUAAAAUACCCUUCCGUUGUGACUGCCUUAAUAAUGGCGACUACUUGGGACAUGUUUUUCCCUACAAUCUCCGCUCUGGGGAUACUUAUGGUAGCGUAGCGGCGGAGUAUUCCGAUUUGGUAACUGAGGAGUGGUUGAUGAGGGUUAACAGUUAUCCGUAUAAUAAUAUCCCGGAUAAUAAUGUAACGUUGAACGUGAUAGUGAAUUGCUCGUGCGGGAACAAAGAUGUAUCUGAGGAUUAUGGGUUGUUCAUCACAUAUCCAAUGAGGCCAGGGGAAAGUCUGGAGUCGAUCGCGUUGGCUACCGAUACAAGCUCUGAAUUGAUCCAAAUGUACAAUCCAGCGGUGAAUUUCAGUGCUGGCACUGGGCUGCUCUACAUUCCAGGCAGAGAUAAACUUGGGAAAUAUCCACCUAUGCCAACCAGCAAAGGUUCAUCAGGUAAAUUUAUUGCUGGAAUGGCAGUAGCAUCACUGGCUGGAGUUACAUUACUCAUAGGCAUCAUUUACGUGGGAAUUUAUAGAAAGAAGGCACAAAAGGUUGUACCACACAUCUCAGCAUCUGCUGAUCAAUCACAUCCAUCUGGUCAGGGCCUUUUGGGCAUAGCUGUGGAUAAAUCUGUUGAGUUCUCAUACAAAGAACUUGCUGAGUCGACUAAUGGCUUUAGCAUUUCUAAUAAGAUUGGAGAAGGUGGCGUUGGAGCUAUUUAUUACGCUGAGCUGAGAGGCAAGGUCUGCAAUUCAAACUUUUUUUCUUCCAAUAACUGUAAAAAUAUGUCUGCCUGUCUACUCUGGAAGUUGAACUAUUUCUAUCUCGUACAUGUUUGUUCCUAGCUAUUUGGCAUAAAUAAAAGAGGUAAAGUCUUGGAACACCUGUCUUUCUUUUUAUCGUGUUAGCUAAAACUUAUUUGUUUUUGUUCAUUCCAAUUUCAAUAAGAUGGACUGUACUGAGGGAAGAACGGACCCUCCCUUUCCCCUAUAGGUAGCAAGUCAGCUGCUACUUUAUUUUCUUUCUUAUUCCAUGUAUUUCAGAAGACUUCUAUUAUGAAUUCAAUAAGUAGAACAAAAAAUCUGAGUCCUGGAAUUUAGGAUACCUUUGGAGGAAUAAUGAGAAGUUUGAUAAACCUAGAGUAGCAUAAUUUAUAAAAGCUAUGAUUAUUAUUGAAAGUGUUGGUUUAUGUUUAGUCAAUAAUGACAUGUCAAUUGGAAGAGUUGGUGG